CCCAAUCGCGGAGCGGCAGCCGCUGCCCUCCGGCCUAUCAGAGGUGGCGCUUUCGGCGCUCCCGGCCCUCGGGGGGCUGCGCGCGGGGCCGGGGGGGCCGCGGCUGCCAGGGUCGCAGAAGCUGCUGGAGCCGCUGAGCAUGCACGCCGUCGGGGCCUGCACCGCCUCCCUCGGCUCGCUGGGGCUGAUGCGGUUUUUCGGCGUGCCCUGGUCAUGGAGCCUGGCGGCCUCGCUGGGCGUCUACAUCGGCAGCGGCGGCUGGCGGCUUCUGCGUGUCGUCUUCAAGACCGCCCUGCGGGACCUGUUUGGCCUCUCAGUGCUGUUACGAGUCAAGUAUAAGUUGCGAAGGCAUCAAAAAGCCAAAAACACUAUUCCGAAGAUGUUCCAGGAUGUUGUCCGCAGGCACCCUGACAAGGUGGCUCUGAUUUAUGAGGCCACUGGUGAGAAAUGGACUUUUAGGUGGCUAGACGAGUACUCCAAUGCUGUGGCUAACUACUUCUAUCAGCAGGGCUUCCGUCUGGGGGAUGUCAUUGCAAUCUUCAUGGAGAGCCGUCCUGAGUUUGUUGGCCUCUGGCUAGGGAUGGCAAAAGUUGGCAUUGAAGCAGCUCUUAUUAACUUUAAUUUGCGCUUGGAUUCUCUGGUUUACUGUGUGACAACCUCAGGUGCAAAAGCUGUGAUCUUUGGAGGAGAGCUGUCUUCAGCAAUAUCUGAAGUGAAUGGGAUGCUGGGGAAGAACAUGGCAAAAUACUGUUCUGGUGACUACAACCCAGAUGUUAUUCCUGUGGAGACCAGACAUCUUGAUCCUCUUCUGAGUACUGCAUCAAAAUCUCCUCCAGAUCAGGUUCCAGUCAAAGGUUUAGAUGAUCGACUCUUUUAUAUCUAUACUUCAGGUACAACAGGAAUGCCAAAAGCUGCCAUUGUGGUGCACAGCAGGUAUUAUCGGAUAGCUGCCUUUGGUUACUAUGCAUACAAAAUGCACCCUGACGAUAUCCUCUACAACUGCCUGCCGCUGUAUCAUUCUGCAGGUAACAUUAUGGGAGUUGGCCAGUGUCUAAUCCACGGCCUCACUGUGGUAGUCAGGAAGAAGUUCUCAGCCAGUCGCUUCUGGGAUGACUGCACAAAGUACAAAUGCACGAUUAUUCAGUAUAUCGGGGAAAUCUGCAGGUAUCUUCUGAAUCAGCCGGUACGAGAGUCAGAAACCCAACACUGUGUGCGACUAGCAGUGGGUAAUGGUUUGAGACCAACCAUCUGGGAAGACUUUACAAAGCGCUUUCGAAUUAAACAGAUUGGAGAGUUCUAUGGAGCCACCGAAUGUAACUGUAGCAUUGCAAAUUUAGAUGGAAAGGUUGGUGCCUGUGGUUUCAACAGUCGGAUUUUGCCCAAUGUUUAUCCCAUUCGUUUGGUGAAGGUCAACGAGGACACAAUGGAGCUGAUCCGUGAUUCUAGGGGGCUGUGUAUCCCCUGUUGCCCAGGAGAGCCGGGAUUACUUGUAGGUCAGAUAAAUCAACAGGAUCCCCUGCGUCGAUUUGAUGGCUACGUCAGUGAGAGUGCCACCAACAAGAAGAUAGCUUACAACGUGUUUGAAAAAGGGGACCAGGCAUACCUUUCAGGAGAUGUGUUAGUGAUGGAUGAACUUGGUUACAUGUACUUCAAAGAUCGCAGUGGGGACACCUUCCGAUGGCGAGGAGAGAAUGUCUCCACCACAGAAGUAGAAGGAAUUUUGAGUCACAUCCUCAACCAGACAGAUGUUGCAGUGUAUGGAGUGGAAGUACCAGGGGUGGAAGGAAAAGCUGGAAUGGCGGCAAUCGCAGAUCCUAAAGCUAAAGUGAAUCCCAAUGUUUUGUAUCAGGAGCUACAGAAGGUGUUGCCUCCCUAUGCCCGGCCCAUCUUCCUCCGUUUCUUACCCCAGGUUGACACCACAGGUACGUUUAAGAUUCAGAAAACCCGCUUACAGAGGGAAGGAUUUGACCCCCAUCAAACAUCAGAUCGGUUGUAUUUUCUGGAUCUAAAGUUGGGGAAAUAUGUUCCACUGGAUGAGUGCCUUUAUGAAAGGAUUUGUGCUGGAAAAGUUGCUUUAUGAUCUAGUCUGAAGUCAGUCUUUUUACAGAAAACUAUGAGUAACUGAAGGGGAGAUGCUUGUGGGAAGCAGUAGAUUCCUGCUUAAUAUGCAAUGAGAGAUCCUUAAAUGGUGAAUCACUAGCAGGGAAAAAUCUCGUGGGAUGUUUCCCUUGCCUAAAGCACAUUAACCUGUGACCUGCUCCUUCAAUGAGCACUGACAUACCAUUAAUCUGCUGUUACACAUCUAGAGAGAGUAUUUUUUGUAACCACUACAAACCUAGGUCCUUUGUGCAACCUGGGAGAAGUUUUAUGGUUAUAUUUAUUUAUGUCCUGAGGAUAAACGGAGAUGUUUGUGCCCUGCACAGGUUUCUUUCAGCUUCGACUCUGAACUUUACUUACCAAGUUAGAAGACUUCUAACAAUGUUUGCUCCAGGCAGACCUUAAUUGUCUUUUAAUUGUCUUAGCUCACAUUUUACCUUAACUACACACUGGAAAUCUCACAUUGAAGUGUGUCAUGCCCUUAGGGUUGGGGAAUUAUGGACAUUAGUUAUUACUAGAGGAUAGCAUCUGGAGUCAUUGCAGGCUUUGAUAUACAGGAUGAGUAAGUUGCUAGCUGAUGAAAACGUACUGUGGACAUCAACUGUUGAACAUGAGCAGAGCAAUGCUGGCCUACAGAGCUACGCCUAGGAGGACAAAAGAGUGAAAACGCCAGUGUGUUUGCUCCUUGCCUAGGAGAUGGCACGGUAAAUGGCCGCGCCGGCCAGGAGCCGUGUGGCGAUGUUACGCUAUGCUGAUACGAAGCCUUAGGAAAUGUUAAUUUUGAUGCUGCUGUGCUUCCAUUUGCUCUGUCAGCUUCCAGUGGCCAUCUGCAGGAGAGGAGGCAAGCCCUGAAUUGAAUGCAGACCUGGGUCACCAGAAGCAAACCAGGAGAGCAAUUUUUGUAUUUGUUUCAAAGGCAACCACUGUUGUUUGUUUGUUUGUUUUUUUCCCAAUAUGGGAGAAACCUACAGCUGCAGGACAUCUGUUUCCAUGUGUUCUUACCAGCAUUACAACCCUAUUCAGUUCUGUGUUUUAAGAUUUACAGGCUUGGCCUUUGUGUCAGUGUAAUCAUUUUGGGGCGGGUGCCUGGCCUGUCCCCCCCCCACCCCCAAAGGACGGGGAGCAACUCCUGCCUGGCCGCAGCAGCUCGUGCGUGCUAUCCAUCUGUGGAUGCCUUAAGGAACCUCAAACGAACUAAUACCUGGUUAUGUGAUAUGUGGUGGAGGAGCCAUGUUCUGCUGCUGCCGCCCCUGUCCCAGGGGGGCUGGUGGUGUGUUUGCCUGGGGAGUGCUGAUACGGAGCUUGACCUGAAGCCUCUUCCUCGCUCUGUCAGAGACCAGUGCUUUGUGCACGGUAUUUUUACAAGGACCUUGCUCAUGCUUUUCAGUCAUGAUGUUUAAGUGUUUGGAUAGCAGAAACUGAGUAACUGCCGAUGCUGUAAAACUGUAAAUGUGCUAUGGAAGGUG